AAAAAUGUCACUAGUUAUAAGCAAUUCCCAGUGUUAAUGUAUCAAAUAACUCCAAAAUUUAGAAAUGAGAAACGUCCUCGUGGUGGUUUGCUUCGUGGUAAAGAGUUUAUCAUGAAAGAUGCUUAUUCUUUUGAUUACAGUGAAGAACAAGCUAUGGUGACGUAUGAUAAUGUUGUUGGAGCUUAUACCAAGAUUUUCCAAGAUUUGAGAGUAGACUAUGUCAAAGCUGCUGCUGAUUCGGGGGAAAUUGGAGGAUCUUUAAGUCAUGAAUGGCAUUGUUUCCAUGAAACUGGUGAAGAUACAGUUUUCUCUUGUGAUUCAUGUAAGCACGUUUCUAAUUCAGAAAAGACAUUGUCGUACCCUCAAGAAGUAACUUCUGUGGAUAAGGUAUCAGUGAGAUACUUCAUGACGGAAGAUAAACAAACCUUAGUAUGUGCAUACUACCCAACAAAAAGGACUCUUGAACCUAAAUUUGUCAAACAAGAAAUCCCAGAGAUCGACUUGAAAUUCACAAAUCAAGAGGAAAUACUUGCCGAGUUUUCAAAUCCAGAUACCUUGAUUUCGAAAUCCAUCAUUAGACUUAUGGACUCCAGAUUAGAUUCACGUUCCAAUUUCCCAGAUUUUCCAGUUCCAUUCGUCAGUAGAUCAUUAAUAUCAAUGAUAACAGAUAUACCAAUUGUCCUUGCUGAAGAUGGAGAAGUAUGCGAACGCUGUGGAGAUGGAACUCUUUCCGCUACCAGAGCCAUUGAAUUAGGUCAUACUUUUUACUUGGGUGAUAAAUAUUCCAAACCAUUGGGUUUCAAAAUUGACACUCCUAAUAAUGAAGGUAAACUCACCAGAAAUGAUGUCAUGAUGGGAUGCUACGGUAUUGGGGUAAGUAGAAUUAUUGCGACUAUUGCUGAAGUGUAUCGUGAUUCCAUCGGGUUGAAAUGGCCAAGUUCAAUUGCUCCAUGGCAAGUUACUGUUGUUGAAGCACCCGGAAUUGACCUGGAUAGCUCCGAAGUGACUGAAUUUUACCAAAUGUUGAAUGAUUCUGAAAUUGAUUACCGUCGUGAUGGACGGGCUUCUGUCUCCAUGGGUAAGAAAUUAAAAGAAUCUAACAUGGUUGGUAUUCCAUUGUCAAUUAUCGUAGGAAAACAAUUCCCAAUUGUUGAAAUUGAAAUAAGAGGUAACAAAUUUGGUGAUAGUUGGAAGGAGUUGUAUGAUAACAAGAAGGACGAGUUUUCCUGGACAGUGGAUUAUGAUUCAAGCGGUAAGGAUGUCAAGCAUUAUGUACAUAGACAGGAAUUGAUUACAGUUGUAAAUAGUUUGUUGAAGGAUUUAUAAAACACCUUUUAUAUUAAAUAUACAAAUAGU